UUUUGUUCUUCUAUCAUAUCUCACAAAUGAUCAACACAUCGCAACACGUAACUGAAGCAUUUCAAGGAGAUACGAUAUUCAAAUCGCUUUUGAUCUGAUUCAUCCAGCUUUCAGCCGACUUAUGCACACUUGCAAAUAUCAGAGGAGCCGUUCAGUCCAAUUCAGGGACAUUUUUGCACAUAACGUAUAAAGAUUUAAAUCAAGAAUAUAUUUCAUCAAGAAUGGGUGUUUUGACGUUGUUUGAGGUGGCUGCGAUGCCAAUAGUGCAGAUGCUAAUCGUGAGCGUGGUAGGGGCCGUCAUGGCUACAGAACAUUUCAAUCUGCUUUCCAACGACACCCGCAAAGCCCUUAACAAGAUUGUGUUCGUGGCCUUUACCCCGUCUCUCAUUUUCGCAUGUCUUGCAGAGAGUGUCACCUUUCACGACAUCGUCUCAUGGUGGUUUAUGCCUGUGAAUAUUGGGAUAACAUUUUUGUGUGGAGGGACAUUGGGGUGGAUAGCAGUGAAACUGAUCCGACCAGAGGCACAUAUAGAGGGCCUUAUCAUAGCAAUGUGUGCAACAGGGAACUUGGGAAACAUUCUUCUCAUAAUCGUUCCUGCAAUUUGCACUCAGAGCGGCAGCCCUUUCGGAGAUCAUGAUGUUUGUAAAGCUAAUGGACUCUCGUAUUCAUCAUUUUCCAUGGCGUUGGGGUGUUUUUAUAUAUGGACAUAUACGUAUCAAUUGAUAAGAAACUCGUCUCUGAAGUACAACGCAAUGAAAGAGGCCGAGAAUUUGACAAAGGAACCAAACAAGAACUUGGAUGCAAAUGAAAAGAGUCGCCUUCUAAAUAAAGAAGGUCAAGACCAAAGUGGUGUAAUCGUGCCAGUAUCAUACGCGACGAGUAUGGACCCAGAAAACCAAACUAUGGUCUAUGAAGAAUCAACAAGCAAGGAGAGCGAUGUAGGGUCUUCUUGGAGUACACUAAAGGAAAAUCUACAAAAAAUAUUGGAUGAGCUAUUAGCGCCUCCAACCAUGGGUGCCAUUGCAGGAUUCAUUUUUGGCACAGUUCCGUGGCUGAAAAGCCUUAUUAUUGGCGAUGAUGCUCCAUUGCGGGUGAUCCAAGACUCUAUCACAUUACUCGGGGAUGGAACUAUACCCUGCAUCACCCUUAUACUAGGAGGCAAUCUGAUUCAAGGUUUGCGAAACGCAACCAUAAGACCGCUUAUCAUCAUCACGAUCAUCGUAGUACGAUACGUGAUCCUUCCCGUAAUCGGAAUCGGAGUUGUUAAGGCAGCUGGGGCUCUGGGAAUACUUCCAUCAGAUCCUCUCUUUAGUUUUGUGCUAAUGAUCCAGUUCAUUGUGCCUCCUGCCAUGAAUAUAAGUACAAUGACACAAUUAUUCAACGUUGGACAAGCAGAGUGUUCAGUGCUUACUAUGUGGACUUAUAUAGCUGCAAUAUUUGCACUUACAGGAUGGUCAACGGUCUUCAUGUGGAUCUUGACUUGAAACUUCCAUUUUUUGGCCUUUUCACAAAUUAUAUACUCUUUCCUUAUUCUUUUUCUUCAAUUCAACAUUUUUUAGUAGCUUUUUAAU